CAUCUGUAUCGUUCUCUCCGGCGGAAAAGCUCCCGUACAGGGUUCACAGCUAACAAUUGCUUCCAUCCUAUUAUAGAAGACUAUUAUUUUAAGUUUUUAACUGCAGUAUAAUGGAUCAUCCGCGAACCACCUCUGAAAAUGGUGAUGAUAAUGUUGGUAUUCCAGAGUAUUUGCGCUGUAAAAGGACUGAUGGAAAGCAAUGGAGAUGCAGUGCAAUGUCCAUGCCAGAUAAGACUGUAUGUGAAAAGCAUUACAUCCAAGCAAAGAAGAGGGCAGCAAAUUCUGCAGUCAGGGCGAGUCUGAAAAAGAAGAGGAAAUCUUUUAAUGAAUGUGAUGAUUACUUGGAUAAUAAGAAUGAUGAUAUGGAUAUACCUGUUGUGAAGACAAGGGUUGUAGAAUCCCAUGCUUCAGCUCCUGGGAAGAAGCAUAAGGAGAGCAUUCGCAAAACCCGGGUGCUGCGCUCUCCUGAGACACCUCCAACUAGGAGUUUUUCUACUUCUAUCCCUUUAAAACCAAAUGAUGAUCCACCAGUAGAUAUUAGUGAGUUUGAUGAGGACUGGAAAAGUUCUUAUACAACACCAACAACUUCUGGCAUGGAACCAUCAAAGAGUAGAGCUCGAAAGAACCUUGAUGACAAUGCUCUGGUGGAACAUUCUUCUGGAAGCACAGAUACUUCUAAUGAUGCUGAUGGGAAAAUAUGCCAUCAGUGUCGAAGAAAUGACCGUGGGAGAGUUAUUUGGUGCAUGAGAUGUGAUAGAAGAGGAUACUGUGAUGGCUGCAUUUCUAAACGGUAUCCCAAACUCUCAUUGGAGGAGAUACAGAGGUGCUGUCCUGCAUGCAGCGGGACUUGUAAUUGCAAAGUGUGCUUACGUGGAGAUAAUUUAAUAAAGGUCAGGAUACAAGAGAUAGCUGCCCGAGACAAAUUGUUAUAUCUCUAUGGCAUCUUGUCUGCAGUCCUUCCUGUAGUUAAGCAGAUUCACUCUGAGCAGUGCUCUGAACUGGGGAUUGAAACCAGGCUUCAUGGAACCAAAACAGAUAUUCCCAGGGUCAAGUUGAAUGCAGAUGAACAGAUGUGCUGCAAUUGCUGUAGGAUUCCUAUUACUGAUUAUCACCGGCACUGUUCAAGUUGCAUGUAUGAUCUAUGCCUGACAUGUUGUCGGGAACUUCAACAAGCAUCUUCUGAUGAUGCCAAAGGAGAACUACUGGAAAAUCAGGGUGGUGGGAAAAUCCAAGAUGAGGAAACAAUGUCAAAUGAAUCGAGAUCAUUUGAAUUAGGAUUUAAUUUAUCAGUUCAAUUUCCUGAUUGGAAAGCCAAUAGCGAUGGUACUAUUCCUUGUCCGCCUAAGGAAUAUGGUGGUUGUGGUUCUUCAUCAUUAACUUUAACGCGCAUAUUCAAGAUGAAUUGGGUUGCAAAAUUGAUGAAAAAUGUGGAGGAAAUGGUUAAUGGUUGUAAGGUGUAUGAUGUGGAUAAUUCACAACCUACAAGCUUAAGUGACUCUAGCUUGUGCCAAGCUGCCUGCAGAGAGGACCAAGACAAUAAUUUCCUGUAUUGCCCAACAUCUCAGGACAUUGGAAUUGAAGGAAUUGGUCGUUUUCGAAAGCAUUGGUGUCGAGGGGAACCCAUAAUUGUUAAGGAGGUGUUCAAUUGCACGUCUGAUUCAACCUGGGACCCCAUGGCCAUAUGGAGUGGGAUACGGGAAACUACAGAUGGAAAAAUGAAUGAUGACAACAAAACUGUUAAGGCAAUAGAUUGCUUAAAUUGGUCUGAGGUUGAUAUUGAACUUGGUCAGUUCAUCAAAGGAUAUGCAGAAGGACGAAUCCAUGAAAAUGGCUGGCCGGAAAUGUUGAAGUUAAAGAAUUGGCCAUUGCCCAGUGCAUCUGAAGAUUUUCUUUUGUACCAGAGACCCGAUUUUAUUGGUAAACUGCCACUUCUUGAGUAUAUCCAUUCCAAGUGGGGUCUUCUAAAUGUUGCUGCAAAAUUGGCCCACAAUUCCUUGCAGACUGAUGUAGGACCUACAAUUUCUAUUUCGUACGGGACAUUUGAGGAACUGGGUAGAGGUGAUUCUGUGGUCAAUCUCCAUAUGAAUAUGCGUGAUAUGUUAUACCUGUUGAUGCAUACAUCUGAAGUGAAGCUAAAAGGUUGGCAGCAAACUAUAAUUGAGAAAAUACAGAAAUCUUUCAAGGAAUCUGAUGAAAAUGAAUCGGUUGGUGAUGCACACACAAGUUUGGAUGAGAGUGGAAAAUCACCUGACCCAACGCCUAGUGGGCAUGCUGAACAGAAUGAAGGGGUGACAUCGAAUAUGGAUGAAGAUGAGAUCAUGAAGGAUCAAACGUUCAAUUGGGAUAAUACUGGGAAAGCUCGUGCAGGAGCACUUUGGGAUGUGUUCCGUCGUGAGGAUGUCCCAAAUCUGAUUGAGUAUUUGAGAGUUCAUCGGGAAGAAUUUGGGAAGCAUGCUAAUCUCCCAGACGACUCAGUGAAACAUCCUCUAUAUGAUGAAGCAGUUUUCCUGAAUAAAGAGCACAAAAUAAAAUUGAAAGAGGAAUUCAGAAUAGAGCCCUGGACAUUCAAACAAAAUGUCGGGGAGGCUAUAUUCAUCCCUGCUGGAUGCCCAUUCCAAGUGAGGAAUCUUAAGUCUUCAGUUCAGUUGGGCCUCGACUUUUUAUCUCCUGAGAGCCUGGGAGAGUCUGUACGGCUGGCUGAAGAAAUCCGCUGUCUUCCAAAUGACCAUGAAGUAAAGCUUCAUAUGUUGGAGGUGGAGAAGAUGUCACUCUAUGCUGCCAGUUCAGCUAUAAGAGAAGUUCAAAAGUUGGUACUUGAUCCCAAUGUUGGGUCAGAGCUCGGAUUUGAAGAUCCAAACCUAACUGCAAGGGUUGCUGACAGCUUGGAGAAGAUGAUUGAACGAAGGCAAAUUGCCUGUGUUUGAAACUAUGUGUGCAGCACUUAUAACUUGAUAUAGGUCAACCCCUUUCUUCAGUGGUAGCAUCAUUAUAUAAGAAAGAUUGAUGCAUUUUAUUGCAAUUUUUCCCCGUUGUCAUA